AUGGCUCACAAGGAGGAAAAGAAGACAAGAAUGCACCUGAGUCGGAUCCAGCAAGGGAAAGAUGAGUCAUUGAGGAGUUACGUAAAGAGAUUCAACUUAGAAGCGGGGCAGAUCCUAGAUUUGCUGGAUGGGGUCGCGUUUGACAAUUUUAUCAGAGGACUUAAGAGAGGCUCCUUCAAGUUCGAUCUAGUAAAGAAAAGUGUGCGGACCAUGGCUGAGGUGUUAGAUGAGGUCGAGGCCUUCAUCCAUGCAACUGAAAUUUGCAACGUCCGAAAAGAACCUCGGGGAAGUGACACUGCUGAACCAGCGGCAAAGAAAGAAAAGUUUGAGAAAAAGAGCCGGCCUAAUGGGACGUGGGCUAUUGCAAAAGAUCCAGACAGAGUUUCAGCAGCAGCCGGGCAAAAGAGGCCCAGGACUUAUGACCGAGAACGAUUUGAAUAUAACACAGAUCUAUACACCAUCCUAAUGGAUGUUGGCUCCAAAUUUGAGAUUGAUCGUUUGUUUCCCAUGAAAUCGCCGCCGAAAAGCAGGGACCCCAAGCUGUAUUGCCACUUUCAUAGUGAUAUUGGGCAUGACACAAAGGAAUGCAAGAGUGGACUGGCCGCUAGAGGGCCAACCAUGAGAGGUCACAAAGACUAUGCCAAGCGGCUGGGGCAGGUGAUGUUGUCGGGAAAGGCUACAGCUGAUCUGUUUCCUAAAGUAGAGAUCGGCGAGGCCGACUGGCGAAAAAUAGCAACCCCGCAUGACGACCCACUGGUGAUUGAGCUGAAAAUUGCCAAUCUGAGAGUUAGGCGCAUUCUGGUUGACACAGGGAGUUCGUCGGACAUCAUCAGCCUUGAAUGUUUAAAUUGGUUGCAGCAUGACUCCUCCAAGAUAGAAAAAAUUCAUUAUCCGAUUAUCGGCUUUGGGGGUAGUGUCAUCCACCCAGUCAGCAUCAUCUCCCUCCCGCUUCGGAUGGGAAAUAAGAAGGAAUUUUGUCAAAUGGACGUUCGUUUUCUCAUAGUCAAAGACUUGACCGCAUACAAUGUCAUUCUAGGACGCCCCACUCUGAACAGGGCGAAGGCUGUCAUAGUUACUCACUUGAUGCUUCUGAAAUUUGUUUGUGACGAUAGGAGCGUCAGUACUAUACAUGGUGAUCAACAGCAGGCUCGGAACUGCUACUUAACCACCUUGAGCCCGAAUGCAUGGGGAUCAGGUGAGGAGAAAGAUGUGGUAGGCGAUAAAUGA